ACAGAAUUUAUUCAAGACACCUUCCAUGCUUUUUGUUUUUCAUUCGUACUGUCAUCAACGCCAGUCACCAUUCGUCCAUCGAGAAGAAAUCAACGAUUCGUGUAUCAGCGGCGUGCCAGCGGGAAGGUUUCGUGAACGUCGGCUGCGGCGGUGUUCUCGUGUGUGAGACAGCGGCCAAAAUUGCCUUCACAUCCGGCGUCAUGGCCUCCGUCUCGUGGCAAAUAGCUCUUCUAGCAGCAGCGCUGGCAAUCUCCGUGGGCAGCACACCAGCGCGGAAGCGUUCCAAGCGACAGGCGUACGAGCUUCCGGCUGGCUCCGAGUUGCUGCUGUACGCCCCGCUCUCCACCAACUUCCGGUGUCCGGGUGAAGGGUACUACGCCGACGUGCAGAACAACUGCCAGGUGUACCACGUCUGCCACCAGGUAACACGUCCGGACGGUUCAGCCGACACGCAACACUACAGCUUCAUGUGCGGCAACCAGACCGUGUUCGACCAGCUGUCCCUCACGUGCGCCUUCCCCGAGGACGCCGUGCCGUGCGCAAGCGCGCAAGAUUUCUUCUACGUCAACAACUACAUCGGCGUGGAGAACGCGCCCUUCCUCACCGACGAUGACGUGCGCCGAGCUGACGCCUACAAGCAGGGGUGAUCGACGGCCUCGCUACGCUGACAGUAGAGCGUACUCGGCUUCACAGGACACGCAUUAUACAUAUAUCUGUGCUGCACUGCCUUAUGCAGUGCACGGCAGUUGUGCUUGCAAUGGCCGACAAGUGUCUUCUAGGUCGGACCGCUGGAUUCGCGCAUUUGCAACUGGCUGAUACCUAUCGAAUGACUUCAGAGCACGAGUAGGCCUACCAACGUGCUUCGGCUAAUGCAUAAUUUUGAAGUGCACUUGUACUCAAGCUUGAGCUCGAACGCUGCUAUUACAGGGCACGGUGUCGUAGGUCUAGCUUAUGACUCUGACUUCCUGCUUUUACUACAAAAUUCGAAGUUACCUUCGUAACGCAUCGCUGCUGUUGUGCGUUUCCUGCUUACGCGUUUCAAACUUUCGUCUUUGUCUUGCGUCUCAAUGGCUUAUUCAGGUGCCGACCAUUUAACGCAAUCACGCGUUUUCAAGCUGCUUACCAAAGAUAUGAGGCAACUAUAACUGAUCUUCACUCGUCUAAAUCCCUCUACUUUCUCAUGAAGCAGAUAACGAAAGAAGAGAUAUGUGGAAUCUCUUCGACGUGUCCUUUUUUGGCAUUCUCUUUACCGCUUGCGGUCAUUUCAUAUGUUAUAGUGUGUGUGCCAUGCGAUUCAGAGCAAAGAUAUAGGAUUGUGUUUACCUAGCAUCAAUCGUUACUCCUGCCUGUUUCUUCUUUCUGCUUAUUUUUUCUCUAGUUCUUGUUCAAUGUCUAUUUGUGCCCACUUCCGGCCAAAGGAUGUUCUCUUUCCUUGCUCUCAUCCACGUACACGGCAGUCAAAAGUGAAUAAGCGAAGCGAUCUUGCACUCAGAAACAUUUACGCAGAAUUGUGGCUUCACCUGCUGCGAUUAUCUUGGAUGCGGAGCGAACGAUGUAUAUCGGAGGAACGCACACAAGAUGAACGUCCGAUUAUCGUACCCUUAAAAAAUCGGUCCAUUUAAUCUAGAUGUUAUUAGACUUGGCAAGCAAUUCAUCGUGCGUUGCUUUGCCGAAGACCAUUAGAUCGAGUCGCUAAAAUGUUCGAAAUUAUUCGCGUAAAGAUUUACGAGGCUUCUGAAGCUGUCUACUUUCACACUCACUUGAACUGUGCCAAAUAUUAUUCUUUUAUUUUUGGCAGCUCUGCAAGCCUUAGACAUUUCCUUCCCACUUUCUUUAAACAAUGCUUCCCUCUCGCCCCUUUCCCGUCAUAGGGCUUCAACGAAUGUUAAACUAGAUAUUUUUUAUUAUUAUUAUUGUCCUUGCAAACGUGCGAAAUCCUAUUCCCGCAUCUCAUCUUUCCUUUCUUUUUAACAUGGGUAUAUCAGACUUCAAACACGCAUUCCCUUUUAGCAGCUCCAAUUACCUGUUUUGCAUACUUCGAACUCUGCUUACCCUGUUUGCUCUUUACUCAGCUUUCACGUUAUGAGCGCGCGCGUGUGUCAUGGAAGCCUUCACCUGCUGACGCAGUUUAUCUUUAUGCCUUAUUUAUUUCUCACUACUUCCCAACAUAACAGACAUUUUCACGGUGUUGUAAUCCCCGCGUUCUUUGUUGUUGUUUUUUUUUUGUUGGUGUCGGUAACGUUCUCCCUCUAGUAGCUGCUGGCCAGCAACGGAAAUUUCAACUUGCUUUACUGAUGCCAUCGUAUGCAAAGUUGCCUCGCGCGCCUCACUGGUGUUUUCAUGUACGCACGGUGAUCAAUACCAUGUUUUUUUUAAGUGAAAAGAGCUACAGUUGUAAAACACAGUGCAAUCGAGAUAAUCUUUUUCUUUUCGCAACGCACAGCCGACGUCUGCGGAUGUAAGAAAACGUGUGACAACCAGUUAUUGAGGGAUACUUCCAGCAUGAUCUGGUAAUUGAUGUAUUGAAUACUUAUUUUAGAGCACUUUUAAUUCCUAAAUCGAAGCCGGUCAGCAAUUGAGCCAUACUCACUCAGUAGAAAUCCUGAGACCAUAGCAGCAAUACUGAGAUAUCCGUCCUCGAACUUACCAGCUCACAAAUUCGUGCUUGCGCUUAUUUUUGCCCCGCUUGAGCGAAAAGAGCGUCGUUUUUGUGGAAAAUGUUAAGUGUAACGCAUUUCACCGCAACUUCGGGGAGUGGUAUCGCCUUACUGGUGCCGUGUCUCCUUAGUGUACAUGUCUCGAACAUUGACCGAUUCCAAUGCUGCAUUUCCAGCGAAUGUCCAAAAGCAAAUAUUGCAACUCCUUAAAAGCACCUACCGUGACUAUUAACUUAAGCGAAUAUCGCAUCGUUACCCAGAAGGACAUCAUUGCACGGUCAAACAGUUCGACUCUUCCCAUUUAAAACGCGUGGUAUAAAGGCCUAAGACCACGCACACUCAAGAGAUGAACACUCAAGGGAAAUUGCGUUGCUCAUCAAUCUACGGGUGUAAGAAUUGCACAACACGUUUUCAGGGAGAUGUUGUGCGUAUGUGUAGAAGUCUGUGGCACAGUAAUAGCCUAAAAUAUCAUAUCUUUGUUUUGUUUUGUGUUUGCAGGCAAUUAAAAGGAUUGAUAUGCGUGACUUUCACAUGACGGCACAGGAGCCAGUUGGAUCACGGUAGACUGCUUUCACUGCGUUACUAAAGAUAAGCGAUAAUUACACCGAUGAGACUAAGCCGCCCGCCUUUUGGGAGACCUGCUGACACUCUAAUAUGGCGGCAACGAUAUCAGUGCAGGUCACGUGUGUUAGGCUAAUAGGCAGCAGCCCUCCACCCCCCAACCGAGCCCUCACUAAAGAAAGGUGAAAAUUGGAUAGGAAGUUAAUGGGCUGCAAGAGAGGAGCGAAAAAAGAAAUUAAAAGAAAAAUAAUUCUUAACCACCCUGUGCACGUAGCUUUAGAUCGCAUUUGCAGCCAAAGCCAAUGUUUGGGAAGGCUGUAGAGUGUCGCUCUUUAUAAGACUUGGUGUUUCUGCUUCAAGAGCAUCAGAACUUAUCUGUGCGUGUUCUCCGCCACCCCUAAAUCUUUGUGCCCAAUGUUACACCCUCACGCUGCUUAGCAAACUUGAACGUUGGUGCUGUCUCUCUACUGCCGUAACACAAGCUCCAGAUUUUGCAAUUGUGCCACUGUUGUUUUGUCGAAGCUUAGUUGAAACCUUCUCCAUUCCCUCCUGUCUUCCUCUACCUUCAAUAUCUGCAUAGCUUACGCCUGACCACAUUUCUUUGAGUUGAGAUUGAUGACUCCAGCCCUUAGAAUGUAUGCUGGUUGUCUCAUACCGAAGCGAGACAUUACUCCACGAGUGACAAAACCCUUACUCUCGAGUAAAGUAGCACAAUUUAGAAUAGGGAAAUGGAGAAGUAAGCUUAAUCAGCGUUAAGGUGCCGAGGUUGACGGGAGGCCCGUGCCUUGGCGACAAUCAGGGCUACAGAACAUAAUUAUCGAGACAUAAACCACAAACGCGUCUUUCAUGCUCCUAUGUCGGCCUUGCCGCUGUUCAGUCCUAAAUUUUGCCACUCACCUUAUUUUACUGAUUCAGAAAACAUGUUUCUGUCUGGAACAGAAUGCUCAUUUAUUCGUAAUCAUGCGCUGCAUUUCGUCGCUUCGUCAUGCGCUUGUCGGGAGCCCAUAUUUAUUGCCGCAGCAAGCGAUUGUCCCUCAGCUUUACCGUCUUUCGUGAGCAGCCAAAUGGGACUUUUUGUAAUGGCAGCUGGCGUGGGACACUUUCGUCGGUGACUACUUUCGUAAAACUCACUUUACAUUCUCUCCUUCCCCUCUGUUGUUACUUCCAGCUUAGAAAUGUCAGCUACUCUUCUUCUUAAGUUUGCAACCGACGCUCGUGGCGUCUAUUUAACUUUUCGUGAGUCGUCAGACAUGGGGCUAGACAUAUAAAUACCGACAAACUUCCUCGAGCUAAAAUAUGUGGUAUUGUUUUCUUCUUUUUUUUUUUGCCUUCCAAUAACUUUUUUUUUUAUGCGCACACAGCACAUAGGAAAACUCGGUGCGUUCAAGGAAAGAACUCGGAGGGGCGGACCUUACUUGCACAACAUAUCACAAUGUCCACGUAACUAAUUCAAAAGGUUCAUGAACUAACUCUUAAACUAUUCACUUUAAGACACAAAUUCCUCUUGCGAAAGCGAAGCCGGAAAUUAGUAAGUUUAUGUCCAAUUAGCAGAAAUCCAAAACUACAGCAUCAUUUUCAGGAUGAUCCGUCACUAAAAUCUGCCACAAAUGCACUGGUGCCCCAGUUAAAACCAUCCCGAAAUUAUUGACGGGCGCUUUUGGCAAGGUUUUAGCUGUCAAUGUAUCUUCAAGCGUAUGUUAGGCCGGAUAUCUGUGAAGUAGUGCUAGUCUUAGGAGGAAGCUUUAGCUCGGGUGCUCCUAUCUAAAUACACGUAAAAGGAUCAUUCGUUUUUCUCGGCAACCACUACACCAAAUAUGACGAGGUUUGUUGCAUUUAAAAGACAAUUUUAAGAUCUAGUGACUGUUGGUUUCAGAUUUCUUAUUUAUGUUAUCAGUGUUUUAUUAAAACUUGGGAAAGACCAAAAAUUUUCAAAAAGCGAAACUAUCAAGUUUACAACUCUGUAACUCAGCAACGAAAAAUUAUAAUACAAUUCUGUGAAAUACAUAUGAUAGUACAUCUAAAGAGGAUAAAAUUGAUAUUUACACAUGAAUAUCAAAAAAUGUAGUAAUAAGCAAGUACAGCUUGGGCAGAACCCUGGUAAACAUCGUAACAAAUUCACGUAAGAUGUAAAAUGACAUAUCGAAUUUGUCCGCUUUCAAUGACCUAAUGGAUGCCGUUUACGGAACCGCGAUAUCUGUUCUUGAUGCAGAGCUAUGAAUUCGUAAACUUCGUGCUUCUAUUUUUUCAAGCUUUCGAAUUUUUAAAAAUCUCUUAAACAAAAUUCAGGAGCUAAAUCGAAAUUCCGCUUCCAGCAGUCACUAGGAUUUAAAUUUAUCUCUCAAGUGCAACAAACUUCAUUAAACUCGGCCCAGUGGUUAUCUCAGAAAAAAGUUUUUGCCUUUUAGAUGUAUGUGAAUAGGCCGCGUUGGAGUUGGGCCCGAGCUAAAGCUUCCUCUUAAGUUUUCUGCUAAGCAAACAUCCAUUACGUAUGUAACGUAACUCCAUUACAGCUCGGCGUCAAUUUCGCAAUUGCGACAAGUGUCCUUAGAGUGAACAAAUGAAGACUUGGCUAGGGAAUAUUUUAAUUAUCAAUCUGUACCUUGUCAUUAAUUAUGCGGACAAUUUCCUCUUCUUCCAGAAAUCCAUUAAAAACGCAGAACAGUGGUAUCUGUAACGCUCUAUUUAAAUAAUAAUUCGUCUUAAAUAAAGUAAAAGGUGGUACACCGCUACACGGCGGUGUUUAGAUGGCCAUGUAAUUUGCACCUCAUUGUUUUAUUGGUGAAAGAAAGCAAGAUAGAAAACGAGCAGUAUAAACUUCUGUGCAGUCAUUUUAGGUCUUCAGUGCACUUGUCCCUAAAUUUAUAAUAUGCGCCCCUUCUAGUGUCCACCUGUCAAUAAACGGGUCGAAUGCUUUCCUAUUUAGCCCAUUGUGAAAAUCUUGAACCAGCGGAAGUUGCGCUUGUCCUCUUUAAAGCGUGUUAAGACACCCGUGUUUUGUACGUUAGAGUUUUAAAAGUGCCGUUCUCUUAUUUCUUAGAAUGGCUGUUUGUAACCCUGUUAUAGAUCACGAUACGCGAUCUAAAUUGUUUCUUUUCUUUUACUAUUUGUUGCUGAGUAAUGCAUGUGUCCUUUAUUCAAACUGAAUUUUGCAUUCUGAACGCAAUUUUUGUCAUUAGCAUCAGCAGGUCGAUUGCAUUUACGACCUAGGAAAGUACCGCAAUGUCCAAUGGCGACACCCUUCGCUCGCUAAGUGAGAUUUUACUGCAUAGUGAUAUGGCAAUGUAGCGAAAUUAGCGCAGUGGUUUAUUUUGUUGUUAUGAGGUGUAGUGAAAUAGCAAGUGUCAUUGCAGUGCCUUGCGCUGUGUACGCAAUACACUGCAACAGUAUGCAGUGGUGGACAGAUGCUUCAAUAUUCGUUAUGUGCGAGAGUCCGCAAGCAGGUAUACUUAUUGUUACCGCCUGUUCGUGAUUGUUCGUGGUUUUCAAGGUGUCAUCGAUUGCCCCGUCUGCAAUGUGAAGCACAACUCGGCGAGUUAUGCAGUAGAGAAACUUUAUAACUGCCGACAGGCUGUUGAAACUGGCGCAGUGUACGUACAACAGAAGAUGUUCCCACUGCGUCAAAUAGUAUGCUACUUCUGAUUUACGACUCUCUUUUUUUGUGGGUCUCUUUUUUAAGGAUGCUGAGAGGAAGCUCUGGCUCGGGUCCUCAGCAUUCAGAUGCAUGUGAAACUCCCAAAAAUUCUGUUUUGGCGCCUGCUGAAUUGAUUUGACUGACGUUUGCUGUCAUAUCUUAAAGAAAAAGCGAAAAUAUACUGACUGCUUCGAACAUUUAGGCACCUCAACUUUCUACUCAACUUCCAACAACGGGCAAACACAAAGCAGCAAAUUUCGUUUCAGUCAAUUCACUGGUUCUCUGUUGUGAGCUCGUCCGAGUUUUACGCGUAUUUGAAUAAGGAAAUCUGACUUGGGCUCGAGCUAAAGGUUCCUCUUAAGAAGAUGUGCGACUGUUAUAAUUAUAAAUGGUUACUUUGUUUCGUUGUUCGAUACACGCGCUUUCGUUGUUAACGUUAGGCACGCUUUGUUGCUUGUUCUGAUAUUGUGUUUAUGGAGAUCGCAGACAAACGUUGGACUCAACAGCCCCACGUAUGUAUACUAACAACUCUAUGACAGGACGGCACAUCGUACUCAUAUGCAUGAUCAGAAACUUUUAGUAUUGAGUACCCUUCUCGGGAAUGUCACAGCGCUUGCGAUUUUUAUUUAUGCUCUGUGGUGUGCCUUUUCGCUGUAGUCGUUGUAUUAGCUCGAAAUGCAUUGUUUGCUUGGCUGCAAUAAAGGCGCGCAAUCCUGACUUGCGCCGGUUCGUGUAUUAAAGAAAGUUUUAUUUACGUGA